AUGGCCGCUCCACUCCGAUGCCGCCCCUGGCGCGCAGCUGAAGUACUUCAGCAUGCAGCAACAGCAACCCGCUCAUCUCAAGCUCCGCGCGCUCGGGUGAUUCCCAGAACCGAGCUUGCGCAGCCCAUCACCAAACGAGGAAUAAGCUACACCGCGACACGGCAACAGACCAACGGCAGCAACAACAACUACAGCAGGGCCCAAUCGACAACGAUUCCAACCCCGAAACCCGCUACGCCACCCCCAGCCCCAAGAACCACCACGACCACAACACCUACAACAGCACCCUCCAACGACAACCGAGCCACUGCACCAACCCCAAGCCGACCGACAACAGACAAUAUCUCCAAAAGCGGGCUGGCCGACAAACCCCUCGAGCUGGAAGUCUCGCCCGAAGAGAAGAUCGAUUGGACGCGCUCGUUCCACGGACUGUCGGCAGCGCCGUUCCCCAAAGAAGCAGCAGACAUCCUGCUGGCGGAGCUGGAUCCCGCCGAAGUCGAGAUCAAGCCCGACGGCAUCGUCUACUUGCCGGAGAUCAAGUACCGACGGAUUCUGAACCGCGCGUUUGGGCCUGGCGCUUGGGGGCUUGUGCCGCGCGGGGAGAGUAUCGUGACGCCCAAGGCUGUGACGCGGGAGUAUGCUCUUGUUUGUAACGGGCGGUUGGUCUCCGUCGCCCGCGGCGAACAAGACUACUUCUCCCCCGACGGCAUCCCCACCGCCACCGAGGGCUGCCGCUCCAACGCGCUGGUGCGCUGCUGCAAGGAUCUGGGCAUUGCCAGCGAGCUGUGGGAUCCACGCUGGAUCCGCCGCUUCAAGGCCAAGUACACGCGGGAUGUAUUUGUCGAGCACGUCGUGAACAAGAAGAAGUCCAAGAUCUGGGUGCGCAAGGACGAUGAGGUGACGUAUCCGUGGAAGGAGACGGGGAGUCGAUAG